UCUCGUAUGUAGAGUCAGAAAUAGAAGAACAACGGCAACAACUGAAUUUCAUGGUUGUAUGUGAUCCUGUAAGAAAGUAUGCUUGAAAACCAGGUUUUAUGGGGAAAGUUUGCUCUCCAAGGUUUAUUAACAGCAGAAAUCCAACUUGCCUGGAAAGUGUGCGACACAAAUCCUAAGAAGGAGAAGUACAGCAAAAUUUAGGCGAUCUCCAAUGGACCGAAGAGAACUCUUUAGACUGGUUACACUGUAAAGAUCAUUCAAGUUUUUUCUAUCGGGUAAAACUUGUCUCCUUUGCUGUCAAAAUAAACAAAUUUAAAAUGCAUAUAUAAAUUUAAAGUAAGGAUCUCUGUGUCCAUUGAGUUAGAAGAAGUCUGGUCAAGUUCCGAGAUAUGGCUCAUCAGUUAAUUGGAACUGACGACAUAGAAACAUUGAGAAUUGAAUUAGCUGAGAUUGGAAGGAGCAUAAGAUCAUCAUUCAGACAGCAUACUUCAAGUUUUAGAAGCAAUUCUUCUGUUGGAAAUUCUGUCAGAGAUGUCGAUGAGAGUGCUGAGAAUCAAGAUGAAAGAGUUGCUUUACAAUGGGCUGCAAUUGAGAGAUUACCCACCUUUAGAAAGUUAAGAUCUUCUCUUUUUGAUGAUGGUGGGGAUGUUACAGGGAAGAGGGUGAUUGAUGUCACUAAGCUUGGACCUGUAGAACGACAUAUGUUUAUAGAGAAACUCAUCAAGCACAUUGAGAAUGAUAAUCUACGCUUGUUGCAGAAUCUUAAAAAGAGAAUAGACAAAGUUGGCGUGAAGUUGCCCACUGUGGAGGUGCGGUAUAAGAAUCUCUUUGUUGAAGCAGACUGUGAAGUCGUUCAUGGGAAGCCCCUCCCCACUAUAUGGAACUUCCUCAAAAGCACAAUUUCUGGUUUCCCCAGAUUAUUAGGUGUAAAGUUGCAAGAAGCCAAGAUAAGCAUUAUUGAAGAUGUCAGUGGCAUCAUUAAGCCGGGAAGGAUGACAUUGUUGCUUGGUCCUCCAGGAUGCGGGAAAACCACCUUUUUAUUAGCCCUUUCCGGGAAACUAGACCAGUCUCUCAAGGUGACAGGAGAAAUUUGUUACAAUGGUUACAAAUUGGAAGAGUUUGUUCCCCAGAAAACAUCAGCCUAUAUAAGCCAAUAUGAUCUGCAUAUUCCUGAGAUGACUGUAAGAGAAACACUUGAUUUUUCAGCUUGCUGUCAGGGUGUUGGAAGCCGUGCAGAUAUUAUGUUGGAGGUCAGUCGAAGAGAAAAGGAAGCAGGGAUUGUUCCAGAUCCAGAUUUAGAUACUUACAUGAAGGCGAUUUCUGUUGACGGACUUCAGAGAAGUCUUCAAACUGAUUACAUUAUAAAGAUACUUGGACUUGAUAUUUGUGGUGAUACAUUAGUUGGUGAUGCCAUGAGAAGAGGCCUCUCUGGUGGUCAAAAGAAAAGAUUGACUACAGGUGAGAUGAUUGUUGGACCAACAAAAGCUCUCUUUAUGGACGAAAUUUCUAAUGGCUUAGACAGUUCCACUACCUUUCAAGUUGUUGCAUAUCUUCAGCAAUUGGUGCAUAUAACAGAUGCUACAGCGUUGAUCUCACUUCUCCAGCCGGCACCAGAGACCUAUGAUCUUUUUGAUGAUAUUAUUUUGAUGGCAGAAGGAAAAGUAGUGUAUCAUGGCCCACGCAGUUAUGUUCUUGAGUUUUUCGAAGAAUGUGGAUUUAGGUGCCCAGAAAGAAAAGGUGCCGCGGAUUUCCUCCAGGAGGUUAUCUCUAGGAAGGAUCAGGCACAAUACUGGUAUGAUACUGAACAACAGUUUAGUUAUUGUUCAGUUGAUCAAUUUUGUAUAAAAUUCAAGGCAUUCAAAAUUGGGAAGAGGCUAGAUGAGGAACUUUCUAAGCCAUUUGAUAAAUCCCAAAGUCACAAAGAUUCUUUAUCCUUUAGCAAGUAUUCGCUACCCAAAUGGGAACUCUUUAAAGCUUGCAUGAGUAGGGAAUAUCUUCUCAUGAGGAGGAAUUCUUUCAUAUAUGUCUUCAAAACAGCUCAGCUUGUCUUCAUAGCAUUCGUCACCAUGACUGUCUUUCUACGAACUCGAAUGCAUGUUGACGUGAUCCAUGCAAAUUAUUAUCUGGGUGCCCUGUUUUAUGCACUUAUGAUACUUCUGUUUGAUGGAUUUCCUGAGUUAUCUAUGACUGUCUCAAGACUUGCUGUUUUCUACAAGCAGAGGGAACUAUGCUUUUACCCAGCUUGGGCUUAUGCAGUUCCAGCUGCUAUUCUGAAGAUCCCUCUUUCACUCUUGGAAGCUAUUGUAUGGACUGUUCUUACUUACUAUGUCAUUGGUUUCAGUCCUGAAUUUGGAAGGUUCAUCAGUCAGUUCGUACUACUUUUUGCUAUGCAUCUGGCAUCUAUAUCCAUGUAUCGUUUGGUUGCUGCAUUUUUCCAAACUGUAGUUGCUUCUUCAGUAGCUGCUAGUUAUGUAGUAUUAUUUGUCCUGCUAUUUGGAGGUUUCGUGAUCCCACAGCCUUCCAUGCCCGCUUGGCUGCGGUGGGGCUUCUGGAUUUCUCCCAUGUCAUAUGGGGAGAUAGGCAUAACUGUGAAUGAGUUUCUUGCUCCACGAUGGCAACAAAUGUCAUCAAACACAACUCUAGGGCGUCAAACCUUAGAAAGUCGUGGCCUAAACUUCGACAGUUACUUCUACUGGAUAUCAUUGGGUGCAUUGCUUGGGUUUGCAAUUCUGUUCAACAUCGGAUUUACUUUAGCCUUGACAUUUUUAAAGCCUCCUGGGAUGUCUCGUGCUAUUAUUUCACAAGAGAAGCUCUCUCAAGUUCAAGGACGAAAACUCAAGAGCAAUGUCGAGCAGGAAUUAUCACUUUCUUCUAAAAGUACUACUCAACAAAAGAAGGGAGGGAUGGUUUUACCUUUUGUGCCUCUAACAGUAGCAUUUCAAGAUGUGCAGUACUUCAUUGAUACCCCAUUGGAAAUGAAGGAACAGGGUUUUACAGAGAACAGGAUCCAACUUCUUCGGGAUAUAUCGGGAGCUUUUGUACCUGGGGUUCUCACCGCAUUAAUGGGUGUUAGCGGUGCAGGGAAGACAACUCUUAUGGACGUCCUUUCUGGAAGAAAAACUGGUGGCAUUAUCGAAGGAAACAUAAGCAUUGGUGGAUAUCCUAAAUCCCAAGAAACAUAUUCUCGGAUAUCAGGUUAUUGUGAGCAGACAGACAUACAUUCACCACAAAUUACUGUAGAAGAAUCAGUAAUAUUUUCAGCUUGGCUGCGCCUCCCAUCUGAUAUCUCUUCAAAUACAAAGAAUGCAUUUGUGAGUGAAGUCCUUGAAACGAUUGAGCUUGAUGGAAUUAAAGAUGCUUUAGUAGGUAUUCCUGGUGUUAGUGGCUUAUCAACUGAGCAACGGAAGCGGCUUACGAUAGCUGUGGAGCUUGUCGCGAACCCUUCAAUCAUUUUCAUGGAUGAACCAACGUCUGGUUUAGAUGCAAGAGCUGCCGCCAUAGUCAUGCGGGCAGUUAAAAAUGUGGUCAAUACGGGUAGAACAAUUGUUUGCACCAUCCACCAACCAAGUAUCGAUAUAUUUGAGGCGUUUGAUGAGUUGAUUCUGAUGAAAGGUGGAGGGCGCAUAAUCUACUCAGGACAAUUAGGUCAUCAUUCAAAUAGGGUUAUCGAGUACUUUGAGAGUAUAUCUGGCAUCCCGAAGAUUAAAGAUAAGUACAAUCCAGCAACAUGGAUGUUGGAAGUCACUUCUGAAUCAGCAGAAAAUGAACUUGGAGUGGAUUUUGCUAAUCUUUACAGAGAGUCCACUUUGUAUAAAGAAAAGGUCGAACUGGUUAAAAAAUUGUGCAGUCCGCCUCCUGGUUCGAGGGACUUGCAUUUUGCUACCCAAUUUGCACAGAGUGGUUGGGGGCAGUUCAAAGCUUGUCUUUGGAAACAAAACUUGUCAUAUUGGAGGAGUCCUGCCUAUAACUUGAUGCGAAUUGUGCACAUGAUUGUUUCAUCUUUGCUUUUUGGAGUAUUGUUUUGGCAGCAAGGGAAGAAUAUAAUCGAUCAGCAGAGUUUGUUCAAUGUAUUUGGUUCAAUGUUUUCCGCCGUAAUCUUCUUGGGCGUAAACAACUGCUCAACAGUUUUGCCAUUUGUUUCAACUGAACGCACGGUUCUUUACCGGGAAAGAUUCGCAGGAAUGUAUUCUUCUUGGGCUUAUGCAUUUGCUCAGGUGGUGGUCGAAAUUCCUUACCUGUUUAUUGAAUCAGUCCUGUACGUGAUAAUCGCUUAUCCAAUGGUCGGCUACAUCUCUUCACCUUAUAAGAUAUUCUGGAGCUUUUAUGCAAUGUUUUGUACACUUCUUUACUUCAACUACUUUGGAAUGUUGCUUGUGUCCAUUACACCAAACAUCCAAGUCGCCGCCAUAUCAUCAUCUACAUUCUACACAAUGCAGUCUCUUUUUUCUGGGUUUCCAAUACCAAAACCGAACAUUCCGAAGUGGUGGAUGUGGUUUUAUUAUAUGACGCCAACAUCUUGGGCGCUAAACGGUUUACUAACUUCCCAAUUUGGAGAUAUUGAAGAGGAGAUUUUGGUUUUCGGUGAAAAAAAGACCGUCUCCAAUUUCUUAAAAGAUUAUUUUGGGUUUCACCAUGAUCAACUUCCGCUUGUUGCUGUUCUGCUUCUCGCUUACCCCAUAAUCUUCGCUUCUCUGUUCGCUUAUUGUAUUGGAAAACUGAAUUUCCAGAGGAGGUAACAUAGAUAG